CGCAGCGCCUACCAAAAAUAGGUCGAUUGCUAAGCUUGAGCAUCGACUUGAGGGCUGGCAAUAACGCCAGAGAUUGCUUUCAUCGCCCUACGGCUUGCCCUGAACGAACGCGUCAUCUCCCAGCGACGAUAGCUCAUUGGUCGCAGUCAGUGCUGCCACAGCUUUUCACGCGCAAUAAAUAGUCGCGCGCAAUAAAUACCGCGGGGGGCACACCCCCGCAACGAGACCGCAGCAAUUACGCCGUCGACGCGCACGUGAAACCGUAACACACGUUCGACCGCAAUGCGCCGCCUCGCGACCCUCCUGCUCGCGCUGGCGACACACGCCUACAAGGACCCCGACGGCUUCGUCGUCGCCGGCUACCUGCCCGAAUGGCGCUACGAGGGCGCGCACUGGGAGAGCCUGGCGACGCACCUCACGCAUUUGAUCUUCUUUUCGGCGGAACCGAAGCCCGACGGGACGAUCACCGGCUUAGAUCGCUUACCGAGACCCGAACUUUUGAAGGAAGCGAGAAAAGCCGCCGACGACAACGACCUGAAGCUCCUCGUGUGCUUCGGUGGGAAUGGGAGAAGUUCGGGCUUCGCGGCGAUGACCGGCUCCGACAAGUCGCGGAAGAAAUUUGUGGAAAAUCUCGCGAAGCUCCUAGAGAAAAAAAAAUUAGACGGCGUCGACUACAACUGGGAGUACCCGGGCCACUCGUUCCAGACGGGUUAUAGUGAGGCGCGCAUUUCUCGCGAAUGGCGGGGCUUGAAGUUACUCUUGGAGGAAACUAGGAGAGCGUUACCAAAUGCCGUCAUCAGCGUGGCCUACUAUCCCGACGGAAGGCAAGAGAACUUGUUAGCGGCGGCCUCGGAGAACGCGGACGUGAAUCACUACCACGCCAUGGCCUACGACCAGCACGGCGAGCACCACUCGACCUUUGGAUUCGCGGAGCGGGUCGUCGAGAACGCCCUCAGUAGUAACUUGGAUCCCUCGAAAUGCACGCUGGGCUUACCGUUUUAUGGGAGGCAUGCUGAUGGCCGGUGGGAGACCUACGAAGAUUUACUUAAAAGGGGUGCGGCGUAUCAUACGGAUUUAGAUAGUGUAGCACCAGCUAGAGACGGCGAGACGGGCGGCUGGGCCUUCAACUCGCCUUCCGCCAUCGUCGCAAAAACAAAACUCGCGCGGCGGCGUCUCGGCGGCGUCAUGGUCUGGGAAGCCGGUCAAGAUUGCAGGUUGGGCGAGACGAGACAUCGGACGUCGCGCGAGGUCCACGUCAGGACCUGCGGCAACGACGACGACAGCUUGUUGGUGGCGGUCGCGCGGGGGCGGGCCGAGUCGUCUUCGGGGGAGCUGUAAUUUUCUUGUGGUUAGUCUUAUUUCUAG